UAUCUGCCGUGCCACGCUUAUGGAGCUUUCGCUUCUACUAAGCGAAAUCUGCACCCUAUAUGGAAAAUGCUGUACGCAAGCGGCCGCGGCGGGGAAAUACCUUCUAGACGAGCGCCAAGACCUCGGAAGGAAUAUCUUCCGUAGAUCAGGGUUGAUGACAUCUGAUUGGCUUACACGCAUGAGUCGGGAGACCAGCAGCCAGCUGCACCUCAUCGUCGUCAGUGAUCCCGAGUCUGACAUUAGGGCAACAAUCCGCCUAACGUGACGUUGUAUCACCAUCCAAGUGUCUAGUAAGCAAUACUCUUGCGCAUCUCACUUAUUCAAUGCACUCUUGCGGCUGUCUUCAGCACGAUCUUGUCCAGCUCGUGUCCAUCAAAACAGCCUACACGUAGCAGCAACAUGUCGACCUCAAUCCAACCGCAGAUCACUGAAGUCACCAUUGCCGUGGUGUUUGGUGGCGUCGCUGUGCUGGUGAGCCUCUUCGCCUACUUGUUCAGCAAGCCCUCCUUUCCCGAAAACGCACCGCCUUUGACCAAGGACGCGUACCCUAUCAUUGGAUCAUUCCAAUUUUUCACCGAGCGAUGGGAUUUCUUCAAGCGAGCAAUAACAGACUCGCCGACUGGUAACUUCUCCUUUUACGCCGGCAAGCACCCGGUGAUUGGUGUUUCCGGCCCGUAUGCUCGCAAAUUGUUCUUCGACAGUAAGGAUAUGAGCUUCGGAGACGGAUACGCUGCUUUGUUAGCGGGAGCCCCGCCGGUCAAGGAAGACAUCAACCCUUCAGAUGCCGAUCGCAAUGUGGAAGACUUCAGCAGCCAUUUCGCCAAAAGGCUCACCAAUAUGGUCAAAGGCCCACAGCUAAAGAAAGGCUUGCCUUAUCUCCUGCAAGAUGCACGCAAGAACCUGGACCAGCUGGCGGCAGAACCUGAAGGUAUUACGGAUCCCUUCGACAGCAUCUACCGCAUAGUAUUCCAGUUGACCAUGAGAACUGUGGCGUGCAAGGAUAUUGCGGAGGACCCAGCACUGCUAGACCAGUGCCUUUCACAUUUCGAGGCAGUAGAGAUGGCGAGCACACCGUGGGCGAUUAUGUACCCAUGGAUGCCCUCUUUGUCACAAGCCAAGCGCACGUACGGUGGCGCACAGCUGUAUAUUAUAUUCAAACGCAUUGUCGAUGCUCGUCAGAACGAGGGACUGCGCGAGGAUGAUCCCUUGCAAUACCUCAUGGAUCUAGGCGACAGCAUCAAAGAUAUCAUCACCUUUGUCAUUGGCGCACUGUUCGCUGGUCAACUCAACAGCGGCAUCAACGCGGCUUGGAUACUCAUCUACCUUGCCCAUAACCGAUACUGGUUCGAUCGUGUCAGGGAGGAAGUGAUCAGCGUCGCGGACCGUUACUGCUCCGACUCGUCUUUACCGCUGAAGGAGCGCCUGAUGCAGGUUCCAAUCGAGGCAUGGGAGAAUGACUUCGAGUUAAUCGAUCUGUGUCUCAAAGACACCAUCCGCGUGCAGACGCCCGGCACCGCUUUCCGGAAGAACAUCUCGGGCCACGACAUUCCGCUCAACAAGCAGGGUACUGAGGUCAUUCCCAAGGACGCCUACUUAGCAUACGCUGUCGGCGACGUCCACUACGACCCUGCGCUCUACCCCGAUCCGGAGAAAUGGGAUCCAUCGCGAUACCUGCCGGAAAGAGCGGAAGACAAGAAGAUACCGUAUGGCUGGAUGGGCUGGGGAUUGGGUCGCCACCCAUGCGCUGGACAGCGCUUCGCGAAGCUGGAAAACAAUGUCAUCGUCGCUUUCUUUCUGGCAUACUUCGAUGACGUCAAGGUUGUCGACAAAACAGGCAAACCCAUAUCGAAACUACCUUCAGCCGAGCGCAACAACUCCUCAGCACAGAAGCCAACAAAGCGGGUAUACCUCAAGUACAAGGUUGCAGCAUAGGCUUCGUUAUCGAAGUAGUUACUCCACGAGAUCUGCUUUUCUUGCGGGACGGAUCAUGAACAAGUUGCGAUACCAGGUCUCCUUGACCCUUUCAUUGUCAAUCCAAGUGUCUGUUCUUCCGGCUUCUCGGAAACCAUGACGCUCAUACA